ACCGGCGGCGGCGGCAGCUCACACCGAGGAUUAGAUCUUCAGCCUUCCAGGCUUGCAAACUCCUACUGCGUCCUUCUCUCCCCGUCCCCCGCCCCCCAUUAGGCGUUUUUUUCCCUCUGGAUUCCUCUCCUUCCUCCCUUCCCCACCCUCCCCCCUCACUUUGGAAAAUUUAAUGCUGCUUUAAGCACCUUUUGUGAUCUAGGGGACGUGACACUCCAGAGCUUCAGUUACCUCGACUGAUUUCUACUUUUGUUUUUAUUCUCUCUCGCUUCUUCUGGUUUUCCUUCCAUCUGAUUGAUCUGCGAAGUCUGGUGCUUCUGCCAGAGAGAGGGGAAUAAGUAGGUGGUGCUGCCCGAGAAGGCUUAGACGUCGGGGAAGAGCAGCCAGAGCAGGAGCAGCACGGGCGGCGGCGGCUGGAGUUGGGCGCAGCUAGCGGGACCCCAUUGGGGGAAUUUGAUCCAAGGAAACUGGAAGAUUACAGGGGGAGGGGAAGCUCCCCAGAUCACUGUGUCCACCUAAGGAGGGAGGAGGAGACGGCGGACGGCCUCUCGGCGUCCACGCCACUGCUGCACCCAGUCCCAUCUUGCCGGGAUCAUGGUCGGUGGCAGCCGGGGAGGGAUGCUGCUGUUGCGGACGGGGCUGCUCGCCCUGGCUGCGCUCUGCCUGCUCCGGGUGCCUGGAGCCCGGGCUGCAGCCUGUGAGCCUGUCCGCAUCCCCCUGUGCAAGUCCCUGCCCUGGAACAUGACCAAGAUGCCCAACCACCUACACCACAGCACCCAGGCCAACGCCAUCCUGGCCAUCGAGCAGUUCGAAGGUCUGCUGGGCACCCACUGCAGCCCCGAUCUGCUCUUUUUCCUCUGUGCCAUGUACGCGCCCAUCUGCACCAUUGACUUCCAGCACGAGCCCAUCAAGCCCUGCAAGUCUGUGUGCGAGCGGGCCCGGCAGGGUUGCGAGCCCAUACUCAUCAAGUACCGUCACUCGUGGCCGGAGAGUCUGGCCUGUGAGGAGCUGCCGGUGUACGACCGGGGCGUGUGCAUCUCUCCCGAGGCCAUUGUCACCGCCGAUGGAGCGGAUUUUCCUAUGGAUUCUAGUAAUGGAAACUGUAGAGGGGCAAGCAGCGAACGCUGCAAAUGUAAGCCAAUUAGAGCUACACAGAAGACUUAUUUCCGGAACAAUUACAACUAUGUCAUUCGGGCAAAAGUUAAAGAGGUAAAGUCUAAGUGCCACGAGGUGACUGCAGUAGUCGAAGUGAAGGAGAUUCUGAAGGCUUCUCUGGUAAACAUUCCAAGGGACGCUGUGAACCUUUAUACCAGCUCUGGCUGCCUGUGCCCUCCACUCAGCGUUAAUGAGGAAUACAUCAUCAUGGGCUACGAAGAUGAGGAACGCUCCAGAUUACUCUUGGUGGAAGGUUCUAUAGCUGAGAAAUGGAAGGAUCGACUUGGUAAAAAAGUUAAGCGCUGGGAUACGAAGCUCCGUCAUCUCGGACUGAGUAAAAGUGACUCUAGCCAGAGCGAUUCCACUCCGAGUCAGAAGUCUGGCAGGCACCCUAACCCCCGGCAAGCAAGCAACUAAAUUCUGAAAUGCAAAAAAGUACGAUCAGUGGACUUCCUGUUGAGACUUGCAUUGCUGUACUAGCAAAGGAAAAUUGCACUAUUGCACGUCAUAUUCUAUUGUUUACUACAAAAAUCAUGUGGUAACUUAUACUGCUUCUAUUUCCUCUUUUGUUGCUUUUCUCUCCUCCCCACCCCCCCAUCCCACCCCCCACUUUUUGGGGUCUGGCUGCAGAUCCUUAAAUAAUUAUAUAUUUUCUAUUUCACUAAUCAUGGGAAAUCUGUUCUUUUGCCAUAAUAAUAAUAAUAAAUUAAACAUGUUGAUGCCAGGGCCUCUUCGUUGCAGUUCCCAGAUGUUAAUUUACCCAGCUUGGGAAUGCAGGAUUGGAUGCAGAGAGAGAUUUCUGGGAAACACAGAAAACUAGGUAUGUUGUAAAACACACUCUGCUGAUAUAGUUACAGCUUCAUUUUCCUCUGCCUUUGGGCAUUCUCUUCCCACUUAGGCUGUUUUAAAUGUUUAUAAAGGUAAAAUGGCAGUUUGAAAUCAAAUCACAGGCAACACAAUCAAGCACCAGGAAGCAUUUAUAAGGAAAUGACACACAAGAUGAUUUAUUUGCAAGAUUGGCAGGAAGCAAAAUAAAUAGGGUUAAGAACUGUGGAAAGAACAUUUCGCCUGAUUGAGAAACACAACUGAAACCAGUAGCUGCUGGGGCUUUCUUUAACAGUAGCUUUUUUUGUUUUGUUUUUUGGCAAUCCAUUUGCUUUGUUCGUGAAUAUAUUAACCAGCAUUAGGGAAGUGAAUUAUAACUAGACAUCUGCUGUUAUCAGCAAAAAGCUCCCUUUAAUUUGCUUCCCUUUAAACAAACCCAUUGGUGUGAGUCUUUUUUAAAAAAUGAAUCUGACUUGUGCAUUGACCAGGAAAAGAAAGUCUGUAUGUGCGUGCAACAGGGUGUUAUUUUUAAAAGGUAUAUAGCUCUGUAAGAUGCUAUCGUUUGCCGGAUGGUGAAAUGUACACUUUUCUUUAAACAUGUGUGUGUUUCUGUCUGUAUUUGUAUACAUAUGUGUCUGUGCACUCACACCCAAGCUGGACUGAAUUACCAGGCCAUGUGCUGGUGCUGGCCUGCACUUUAUCCUUUGGAGUUAUGCUUUUUUACUACUCAGUAAAAUAAUGUCUAAUAAAAGGAAUCGUGGUUGUCAGGAGAGAGGUUGUUUUGAUACUGGAGCCAAAUGCACAUUCUCGUUACCCAGACUGCAGCAUGAUCCCCAGUGAUCACGAGAACAGAUGAUGCUUUUCCUGGCUUCCUCCAGCAGGAUUCUUUAGAGCCGUGCCAAUCAUCUGAAAGUUUCAUUUCUGUCAAUUUACAUGUCUGAUAUUAGUAGCAACAAAUUCCUAAGCUAUGAUAUGCUAAAAAUAAAACAAUUACGAA